AUGGCACCAAGUUUUGAUUGUGCGGUUUCAAACCUUCUAUGUGCUGAAGAUAAUAAUAGUAUUUUAGAUGAUAACGAUUACUGUGAUGCUACAGUGGAGGAGUUUGAGGCCACGUGGCAUCACGGGCAUAAUCGAAUCCAGAAUCAAAAUGGUGGUGGAGAUGGGGGUGGUUGCCAAUGCAGAGAGUGUCAGCAUUUGCCUAAUGGUGAUUACUUGAAGAGACUGAGAAAUGGGGACUUAGACUUGGGGGCUAGAAAAGAGGCUGUUGAUUGGAUUGCAAAGGUUCAUGCCCACUUUGGUUUCGGACCCCUUUGUGCGUGUUUAUCAAUAAACUACUUGGAUAGAUUUCUCUCUGCCUAUGAUUUACCUAAGGGCAACGCCUGGAUGAUGCAGUUACUGGCUGUGGCUUGUUUAUCUCUUGCGGCCAAAAUGGAGGAGACUGAAGUUCCACUGUCUCUGGAUCUACAGGAUCCUGAUAUAAUAGGGAUUUACUUCUUGGAAUUUAGGCCUUCUGAGAUUGCAGUAGCAGUGGCAAUAGCUGUUGUGGGGGAAACCAAAACAGUGGACGCUGAGCAAGCAAUAUCUGUACUCACUCAACCUGUACAAAAGGAGAGAGUGCUUAAGUGUUUUCAACUGAUUCAUGAUUUGUCAUUGCUUGGUGGACCUGCUAAGGACACAAGUACUUCACUCCUAUCAGUGCCCCAGAGUCCCAUUGGGGUGCUGGAUGCUGCAUGUUUGAGCUACAGCAGUGAUCACACAACUGUUGGGCCAUGUGCAAACUCUUCACGCAAUGCCCCGGAUGCUAAAAGGCGGAAGCUAGACAAACCCUGCGAAGUGUAG